CGAGCAACGAGAUCGCCACCUGAGAAGCCGACGAACACAAACCCCUCUCCGUAAUUACUUCCUCUUGCUUGCCUUGCAUACUCACGCUCCUUCAGGCACCCUGCACGCGCCCCAAUGCAGCGCUGAAGCCCCCGAGCACUGGGCCCGAAAGCUAUACGUUGCAACAUCUUUUUCACACCGGGAGCUGCUCACGCACCACCACCGCCGACUCUCCGCUUGCUGGCCUCGCCGAGAGCAUUUACGGAGCUCCGCGCAGCUUCACACAUCUUCUGGCGCGAUGCGGGCGCUCAAUGGGCUGCUGGGUGCGCGGGGUCUGGUGCUGCUGAGCGCGUCGAGCCUCGUGCGUGUCCUCGCGGGACCGACGGUUAACGUUGCGCUGAGGGCGAGCUUCAACGCUGCGCCAUACCUUGUGGAGCUGUUAGAAACCGCCGCAGAAGAGAAUGCUACCGCGUACUUCCCCCUCCUCGACCGCAUAGCAGACGGCUACUUCGACGCCGCGAAUUCGGACAGGGAGCUGUUCGGGUCGUUUGUGGAGCUAUUGCAGACUGAGGGGCAUAUCGCGGAUCCCGAGACGCUGUCGUCGUUCCAGUUUGCGCUGUCGGUGCGGUCCGCUGCCCCGCGGAUAGAGGCACACUACCAGUUCUACAACACGUCGGUGGAGCCGUCGUUGCAGGGCGAGCAGGGCCCGGAGUGUGAGACAUGGGUCGCGUUUGGGGGCAAGCAGUAUUGCUCUCCGCAGCUGGAGGACAGCCACGGGAGUGUCAAGGGCGAGCGGUCGUAUGAACUGCCCUUCGACCGAAUACUGGGUAACAGCUCGCAUGUGCUCCCCGCGAUUCUCUACGCCGACAUUACCGCCCCUGCGUUCGCCAAAUUCCACAAGACGCUGAGCAAGACUGCGCAGGAGGGGAAGACGUCGUACCGCGUACGCCACAAACCGUCUCCGAAUGCGUCGAAGACCCCGCUCGUGGUGAAUGGAUACGGCGUUGCGCUGCAGCUGAAGCGGACCGACUACAUUGUCAUCGACGACCGGGCGCCUGCCGAGCAGGGCGAGAAGCAGACGUCACUGGACGCGGAGCUCAACGAUGACGCAGACGUGUCGGACCUGAAGCCCCUCGCCAAGGACGAGGUUGCAGAUCUGGGUGUGAAAGCCGCGAGCUUCGUCAUGAAGAGCGACAACCCCAUGGACACGCUGUUGAAGCUCGUCCAGGACUUCCCCAAGUACUCGUCCGCCAUCGUGGCCCAUAAUGCGUCGGACCAGUUUGUCGAGGAACACGAACACAACCGCAUGCAGCUCCUCCCUGCUGGUAUGAACAUCUUGUGGAUCAACGGUGUGCAAGUUCCGGUCCGCGACAUCAACCCCUUUGCUCUCCUGGAGCACCUUCGCCGAGAGCGCGGUCUCAUCAAUGGCGUGCGCAGCCAGGGCCUUUCUGGCCCCGAUGCCAUCGCCCUACUCUCGCACUCGGCCAUAACGGAAACGCAGUCAGAGGACGAGCCCCAGCGCUACGACUUCCGCGACGAGCUCGAAGGCGGCAACGUUAUCGUCUGGAUGAACAACAUCGAGAAGGACUCCAGGUACGACAGCUGGCCCUCGCAGACCCAGGCCUUGCUGCAGAGGACGUACCCAGGACAGUUGCCAUCAGUCCGUCGAGAUAUCCAUAAUGCUAUCGUGCCGGUUGAUUUCACGGCCAAGGACGAUGUCGUUAUGGUUAUCGAGACGGUGAUGAGCUUGAUCAAGCGUGGCAUUCCAAUCAGAUGGGGUCUCGUCCCGUCGACCAAGACCCAAGGGGCUGCUGACCAGGCGAAAGUCGUCUAUCAUCUUCUUGAUAGCUAUGGUCUGAGCACUUUAACCAGGUACCUCGAUGCUUCGCUCGAAUCAAAGAAGCUGGCUCAGCCCGACAAAGCCGUGUUCGACGCCACCGUCAAAGACGCUACUCUCCGCGCCGAACGUGACGCCCUCAGUUUCGCCGACGUACUGAGCUCAGAGGGUGUUGCACAGCGCGUGGAAGCUGCUCAGAAGUACCUCGCACGUCUGGCCGCCGACGGACCAAGCGCUCCUAUCUUCAUCAACGGCGUGGCAAUCGGAAGAGAUGAGGCCUGGCUCCAGUACAUCAGUCAACGUAUCGGUACGGAUCUUCGCCAGAUCCAGCAGCUCGUCUUUGAAGACGCACUGAACGACGAUAGCUGGAUCCCGCAGUACUUUCUCUUCCAGGCCGCUACCAAGCGCAAUCCGCUCAUCAUCCCGGAGAACGAGAAGAACAUCACGCUCAUCGACAUGGCCGAGUUUGAGGAGAAGCAUGGCGCGGUCUUCAACGUGUUGCCGCGCGUACAGGCUGCGGAGUCCGCCAGCAAGGAGGAUUGGGCCCAUGUUACCCUGGUCGGAGAUUUCGACUCGGACUCUGGAUUGGUUCUGCUCAAGUCGGUGGCCCAAUACCGCGAGGAGAACCCGAAUGUUGAAGUCGUACUUCUACAUAACCCACAGGCUAGCGCCGAGACGUCUAGCGCUUCGGAAGAUAUCCUUGAGGCAUGGGUCAAAUCGCUUCAUGAUCUUAGCAUCGAGCGGCUGCAGGAAAUCGUGGGACAAGAGCCUAGCUUCUCGCCUGCUUUGGCCAAUGCGACACUCUUCUGGAAGACUGCACAGCCUAUCUAUGACGCGCUUGGUCUCCAGCCUGGACAGCACGCCAUUUUGGUCAAUGGUCGCUUUGUCGGACCUAUCUCGAAGGAGAACUCCUUCUCCAAGUCUGAUGUCGAAGCAUUGGUCAGCUAUGAGAUGAAGAAGCGCAUCGAGCCGCUCAGCAAGGCACUCAAGUCGCUUGAGCUGACGGACAAGGUCAAAUCUCCGCUCGAUGUCGCCAAAAUCCAGUCGCUGGUCGCGCUCUCCACGGUCUCGGAUGUUCCGGAGGGCAUCUUCGAGUCUGCAUCUACCCUCAGAACCGACCGAUACAAGGAGUGGAACGAUGCUCAUACGGCAAUCGUGAAAGGCGACAACAACACAGCCAUCAUCCAAGUUGUUGCGUCCAUCGACCCCGCAACUGAACUGGCACAGAAAUGGGUGCCCAUCUUAAAGACGCUGUCGGAUAUGGACGGUGUUCACCUGAAGCUAUUCCUCAACCCCAAGCAGAUGCUUUCCGAACUUCCCGUGAAGCGAUUCUACCGCUACCUGGUCGACUCCAAGCCCUCUUUCAACGAGGAUGGCUCUGUUGACAGCUUGGAAGCCCACUUUUCCGGCAUUCCCAAGGAAGCGUUGCUCAAUCUGGGCAUGGACGUUCCGCCGUCCUGGCUUGUCGCACCAGAGGAGUCCAUCCACGAUUUGGACAACAUCAAGCUCAGCUCUUUGCCUGCAGGUUCCAACAUUGAUGCUAUCUACGGCCUUGAAAGCAUUCUCAUCGAAGGUCAUUCACGCGACACGAGCAAUGGCGGGCAGCCACCUCGCGGUGCUGAGGUUGUCCUUGCAACCGAGAAGGACCCGCACUUUGCUGAUACCAUCAUCAUGGCUAACUUGGGCUACUUCCAGUUCAAAGCCAACCCGGGAUUCUACAACAUUCAUCUCAAGGCUGGCCGCAGCUCCGAGAUCUUCAGCUUCGACAGCGCCGGCCCCGCUGGCUGGGCACCGGUAUCUGGUGACGAGACCAGCGAAAUUGCACUGAUGUCCUUCCAAGGCCUGACGCUGUUCCCGCGCCUGUCCCGAAAGCCAGGCCAAGAGACCGCCGACGUCCUCGCCGCAGAUGACUCCCUCGCGGUCGAACUCAUGGAAAAGGGCACACAGAAGGUCAACAAGCUUCUCAGCAAGGUCGGGCUCGGCUUCAACGCCGACAAGGCCAUCAAGAAGGGCGCCUCCCUCUUCCAGUCUUCCAAAUCCUCCGGCAAGGGCGUGCAAGCCGACAUCAACAUCUUCUCCGUCGCGUCGGGCCACCUCUACGAGCGCAUGCUUAACAUCAUGAUGCUCUCGGUCAUGAAGCACACCUCGCACACGUUCAAGUUCUGGUUCAUCGAGCAGUUCCUCUCACCCUCCUUCAAGUCGUUCCUCCCGCACAUGGCCGCCGAGUACGGCUUCGACUACGAAAUGGUCACGUACAAGUGGCCGCACUGGCUGCGCGCGCAGUCGGAGAAACAGCGCGAGAUCUGGGGCUACAAGAUCCUCUUCCUCGACGUGCUGUUCCCACUCGACCUCGACAAGGUCAUCUUCGUAGACGCAGACCAGAUCGUGCGCACGGACAUGUAUGAGCUUGUGGAGUUCGACCUCGAGGGCGCGCCGUACGGCUUCACCCCGAUGUGUGAUAGCCGCACCGAGAUGGAGGGCUUCCGCUUCUGGAAGACAGGCUACUGGGCCAACUUCCUGCGCGGUCGCCCCUACCACAUCUCGGCCUUAUACGUCGUCGACCUCGUGCAGUUCCGCCGCCUAGCCGCGGGCGACCGUCUGCGCCAACAAUACCACUCCCUCUCCGCGGACCCGGCCUCACUUUCCAACUUGGACCAGGAUCUGCCCAACAACAUGCAGUUCAAUCUCGAGAUCAAGUCCCUGCCGCAGGAGUGGCUGUGGUGCGAGACGUGGUGCAGCGACGACAGUUUGGGCGCUGCGAAGACGAUUGAUCUCUGUAAUAAUCCGAUGACGAAAGAGCCGAAGUUGGAGAGGGCGAGGAGGCAGGUGCCCGAGUGGAAUGUUUACGAUGAGGAGGUUGCUGCAUUGGCGAGGAGGGUGAGGGGGGAGAGCAGGGAGGAGAAGGUGGAUGUGCAGGAGGAGUUGCAGAAUGAGGAGAAGAGGAAGGCCGAUGAAGCUAGGAAGAGGGACGAGUUGUAGCGGGGUUGAUGGUGAGGUCAAGGUACGUUCGAGGGUGGUGGCGUUGUGGAGAUGAUGGUUUGACUUGAUUUGGGCACGUCUAGACGAUGUUGAUGAUAGACUAUGUAGCGUUUGUGUUAUGC